AUGUCAAAACCGCCGAGGUUGUUCCGUAAGUCCUGGGCAUCAACCCUCAAACUCCCCAAAUCGACAUUCCCCCCGCGCGUCUCACCAGACGAUCAGAAGAAUUACCUUCAACGAUGCACCGAUGAGCUGUACGCCUGGCAGCGACAGGAAAGACCUGCCAACCAACCAUUCAUCCUCCACGACGGCCCACCCUAUGCGAAUGGCGAGUUACACAUCGGUCAUGCUCUCAACAAAAUUCUGAAGGAUAUCAUCUGUCGCUUUCAACUGGCACAAGGAAAGAGGGUGCGAUAUGUUCCGGGUUGGGAUUGUCAUGGUCUGCCCAUUGAGUUGAAAGCCCUGCAAGGCCUGCCGGAGACAGACGUGGCGGACAAAUCCGUCAGUGCCGCGGUGAUUCGCAAAUCGGCCCAGAAGCUGGCGAGACAGACGGUCAGGGACCAGAUGAAGGCUUUCCGCGGGUUCGGAGUCAUGGCCGACUGGGAAAAUCAUUGGAAGACAUUGGACAAAUCCUUUGAGAUGCGUCAGCUGGGCAUCUUCCGGGAGAUGGUGGAUCGUGGUCUCAUCUAUCGCAAGUUUAAGCCGGUGUAUUGGUCACCGUCUACCGGCACGGCAUUGGCCGAGGCCGAAUUGGAAUAUGAGGAGAAGCAUGCCUCAACUACUGCGCUCGUCAAGUAUCCCCUCGUGGAUAUCCCCGAACAUCUCACCAAGGAUCUGUCCCUUCAAUCAAAAGAUUUGAGUGCGGUCAUCUGGACAACUACGCCGUGGACUCUGCCUGCCAACGCCGCGAUUGCCGUCAACGAAGGAUUGGAGUACACAAUUGUUGAUUCGGAGAUCCACGGAUAUCUCCUGGUAACCCCGUCGCGUCUUGCGUUUGUGGAGCAUCUGCUGAACGAGAAAUUGAAUGUAAUCGUACCUUCGAUCCUUGGCUCGGAACUAGCAGAGAAGACCACCUAUCGACCUUUGUUCAAGGGCCCGGAUGCUGAACCCCAACCGAUUAUCGCUGCUCCUUUUGUUACCGCUGACUCGGGCUCUGGAUUGGUCCACUGUGCACCUGGUCACGGCAUGGAUGACUACGAGGCUUGUCUUGCUCGUGGCAUUGAAGUCUUCGCGCCGGUCGAUGGCGAUGGCAAAUUCACGGAAAAGGCCAUGCCCCAUGAACCUUCUCGCUUGGCCGGGAAGGCCGUUCUCAAAGAGGGAAACGAUGCAGUUCUAGAAUAUGUCCAAUCUCUAGGCCACCUCCUUGCUCAGUACCGUUACAAGCACAAGUACCCCUACGACUGGCGUUCAAAGAAACCGAUCAUCAUUCGGGCUACUGAACAAUGGUUCGCGGACGUUGCCGACAUUCGCAAGAGCGCACUUAAAGCGCUCGAGGAUGUCCGAUUCGUCCCCGACGCCGGCAAACACCGUCUGCAGAACUUUGUGAAUAACCGCAGCGAAUGGUGUAUCUCGCGACAACGUGCAUGGGGUGUACCAAUCCCCGCUCUCUAUUCCCGCUCCACUGGCGAAGCUGUCUUAACUAAAGAAAGCGUUUCCCACAUCAUGAGCACCAUUGAGGAGCGAGGCAUUGACGCUUGGUGGACGGAUAGUACCGAUGAACCGGCCUGGGUUCCAUUAUCACUGCGAAGCGAUGCUGGAGGAUACCGACGCGGCACUGACACUAUGGAUGUCUGGUUCGAUAGCGGUACCAGCUGGUCGGAGAUUGACGUUCCUAUGGAGGGGCGUAGCCACCUCGCGGAUGUCUAUCUUGAAGGAAGCGACCAGCACCGUGGCUGGUUCCAGUCCAGCCUCUUAACUUAUGUUGCCCAUCAACUCGCAUCUGGCAAGGAUGGCGUACCUAGUGCACCUUUCCGCAACCUCAUCACACACGGCUUCACUUUAGAUGAGCGUGGCCGUAAAAUGAGCAAAUCCAUUGGAAAUACCAUUGCACCGCAGGCCAUCAUUGAUGGAACCCUCUUGCCUCCUCUGACGCCAUAUAAGCGCAAAGGCAAGAACCAACCAGAGAACCAAACGAACAAACAAGCUGAUAUUCAGGGGCCAAGAUACGAUGCUAUGGGGCCCGAUGCCCUUCGCAUGUGGGCCGCUAGUAGUGACUACACCCAUGAUGUCGUUAUUGGCAAGACGGUUCUUGCAAAUGUUCACACCAGUCUCCACAAGUUCCGCGUCACGUUCAAGCUCCUGCUGGGGGCGUUGGCUGAUUUCCAGCCAGAAUUUGUUGUCCCUUACGGAGAGUUGCAGCAAGUCGAUCGAAUCGCCUUGAAACACCUGUCAGACAUGGUCCUUGCAUCCCGGAAAUUCUGUCACAACUUUGAGUUCUACAAGGCUGUUAACAUAAUGAACCGUUGGGGCAACCUAGAGUUUUCUGCCUUUUACAUGGAGGCCAUUAAGGAUCGACUCUACACCUUGGGCGAGAACAGCACUAGUCGCAGAGCGGCCCAGACCACCCUAUUCCACAUCCUUCACUACCUUCAAGAAGUCCUUGGUCCUAUCACCCCUCUACUGGUGGAAGAGACCUGGGAGCACAGCCCUUUAGCCAUCCAAUCGCUCAGUGAACAUCCCCUACGGCGCAUCUCCUCAGCGCCCGCAUCGGAAUGGCAAGACUCUUCUUUGAACGACGACUAUCUCGAGAUUGUUGCCGUGCACUCGGUGAUUAAGAACUUGCAAGAGCAAGCCCGUAAAAAGAAACAACUCGGGUCCUCCUUGCAGUCGUUUGUGCAUGUAGUCCUCCCAGGUAGCACAAAAAACACAGUUUCCCACCAGUACCUCUCCGAACUGCCCGACCUGUUCGUUGUCUCAUCGGUGACCCUCGGCCAUCCCGAUGAUUCUGUCCCAGUGGAGAUCUCCCAGGCUGAAUGGCAAUACGAGGAAGCUUGUGAACUACCCGAUGGACGGAAGGGACGGGUGUAUGUCUACGCACCUCAAGCCACCAAAUGUGACCGGUGCUGGAAAUAUACGGCAUCCGAAUCCGCGGAGGCCGAGAAUGUGAUCUGCGACCGGUGCGAUGUGGUAUUGGAUGAAAUCGAGGCUGCGUCCUAA